ACUGUCAUCCACCCGCCGCCAUCAAGGAUACCUUACCAUGAUGAUGUUGCAACACACAGCCGCGCUGCUGCUUAUACUGCUAUGCACUAUAGCCACUCUCACGCGCGCCCAGUGCACGCUGCUCGACAGCGUCCAUAUCCCCUCCGAUCGGGAGGUCAGCGACUGGUUCACCAGAACCAUCCUCGGAAAAGAGCCUGACUACUCAGUGCACUACAGCAUCCCAGCCGGCCAUCCAUGGCACACCACGACGGUCGAAGUCUGCCAGGACAUGCCAGACCCGGCCGUCUGCCAGGUCCUCCACUACGACGUGCCGUCCCAGUACGUGCCAACCUGGUGGAACGGGCCCUGGUCGGUCGCGUUCCCCGUCUGGCGGAAGCAGAAUGAGAAGAACCACCACUGGGAGCUAUUCUUUGGCAACUCCAAAGGGGCCCACACAUUCCACAAGAAGGACUUUCGCUUCAACACUGUUGUCAACAACGGCACGCACGACCUUCACGUCGCCCACACCGUCCACGCCUGGUACCACAAGCCCCAAGGCAAGGAAGUCACGCCCACCCGGGCGAGGCGCGUCCUCUUCUUCGAGUUCCAGGACGUCUCCGUCCGGCCUGUCGUGAAGCGGGUGAACGGGGGUUCUGUGGCCGUCCUGGGCGAUGUGCUUCUUCAAUGGAAGCGCAAAGAUUGUCGACGGCGCAUACCCAUCUUCCGCAUCGACCUGAUCCAGGGCGAGUAUCUGCACGGCGCGGAGACGAGAAUAACUAAUUUCCUCGGUGUCCCUUAUGAGCAUCGCUAUUUUGUCAAGGAGGAGGUCCAAGAAGCCGAAGUUCCUAUCAUGGAAGUGGAAGGGUCUUAGCGAUGGGCUGGGCUUGGCGUGAAGGACAGCAUUUACAUGAACAGUGGGAAUAAAUCAUGAGAUUUUAGCUACAGGCCAUGAACAUAAGCACCAUUUUUUUCACAUUUGUUUUCAUUUGUCAUAAUAUCUGCAGACUCAUAGCUGGAGGUGUCCCUCAGUGAGUGAUUUCGGCAAGAACUAAACUCAGUGAGAGGUGGCCUUUCGAUAGAUGUCGACCAAUCCCUGAGUAGACCACCCC